AUGGAUGACGAUGAUAAUAAAAAAUCUUCAAAACUUGAAGAUAUUACUCAAAAUUUAGUAAUGGAUAAUAAACAUAAUAAUAUUAUUAGUAAUAAUGAAUCAAUUGAUAGUGGUGCAGUUUCAAUUAAUAAAAUUGAAAUUGUGUCUCCAUCAAAUGAAUUAGAGGAACCUUUCAAUUUUAUCAAUGAUACAGAAAAUAUAGUUGAAGAAGAAGAGGAAGAAGAAGAAAAAGAACAAAUUAUCAAUGUUAAAGAAAAUCAACACGAAAAAGAGGAAAAUGAUAAAAAUAAUAGAAUUGAAAAUGAAAAAAAAGACAUUCAAAAAGAAGAGAGUCAACAAAUUUUGGUUUUUGAUCAAUGUACAGAGUCAAGAGAGGAAGUUUAUGUUGAAGAGGAUGACGAUGAUGAAUAUCAUGAUUUAACUACUGAUAAAGAAGAUAACGAAUUACCAUCCAUAGAAGAGAAUGAAGAUGAUCAAUUAAAUUCAACAUUUACUAUAAACAAAAAAACAAUAAAUAAUAGUGACGAUUAUGAUGACGAUGAAGAGGAAGAGGAUGAUGAAGAAGAGGAUGAAGAGGAAGAAGAAGAAGAGGAAGAAGAUUUAGUUAGUAGUAAUAAAAAUAAUAAUAAUAAUAAUAACAAUAAUAAUAAUAAUAAUAAUAAUAAUAAUAAUAAUAAUAGCAAUAAUAAAAAUAGUAAUACCAAAAAAAGAAGCCUCUCAAAUCCAACAUCACCAACAUUAUCACCUUCUCCCACUUCUAAUAAUAUUAGCGAAAGUAAUAAUAUUGUUAAAAGUAAUAAUAGUGCUUUAAAUAUUAAAAAGUCAAACAAUACAACGAAUAAACCAAAAAAUAGUGUUCAUAGUAGUAGCAGCAACAAUAACAGUAAUAAUAAAAACAUAAAUAGUAGAAAUUUAUUAAAUCAUAUCAAUAGUGGUAAUUAUUCUACAGUACCAACAAACAAUAAUGGUGUUGUUAGUUUAACAUUCGAUAGCAAUCCAAAUAGUAGUUAUAGUAUCAAUAGUAGUAAUUAUGAUGACGAUGAUGAACAAUAUUAUAAUGAAGUAUUGGAGUUGAAUAUUAAUAAAGUUAAUAGCAACAAUAGCAACAAUAACAACAAUAAUAAUAAUAGUAAUAAUAAUAGUAAAAAUAAAAAUACUAGCAACGGUAGUAACAUCAAUAACAGUGGCAACACCAAAAUGGUAAAGAAAACAAGAAAUACUAUAAGUGGUAGUAAACAUAAUAGAACCAAUAGUACAGCAUCAAUAGAAAAUACAACUACAGAUGAAGACUUUGGUGACUUUGAGGAUGAUUUAGAUGAAAACUUUAUCGAGGGUUCUGAGGAAGAAGAGGAGGAAGAGGAUGAUGAUGACGAUGAAGAAGAGGAAGAGGAAGAAGAUGUAACCAAUGUAUCAGAUUCAAAUGAAGAGGAUCUUGGUAAUUUCGAAGGUUUAGAUGAAGAAAAUGGUUUACUUGAGGGUAAUUUCUCAAAUGAGGAAUUACCAAACAAUACCAACGAAGAAGAUGAAGAAGAAGAAGAAGAUAACUUUAGUAAUAAAAAUAAUCCUUUCCAAUUCUCAUUUAACAACAAUAAUAGUGGUAGUAAUAACAGCAAUAGUAAUGCAUUCCAAAAAACCUAUAGCUUAUUUGGUCAACAAUCAUUCUUUAAUAAUAUUAUAAAUCCAGUUUCAGAAUUAAAUACAAAUUCAUUCCUCAAACCACUUAAUAAUAAUACUAAUUUUGGUUCACCUUCAAAAGCACAAAAGAAACAACAACAACAACAACAACAACAACAGCAACAACAACAGUUUAGUAAUAACAAUAACCAAACUAUGCAAUCCCCAAUGUUUAAUACUCCAUUCGUUAACAGUAGUAAUUUAUUUAAUGGUUAUGAUAAUAAUAAUAAUAAUAAUAGUAAUAAUAACUUCAUAAAUAAAUUCCCUUAUGGCCAACCAUUACAACAACCGCAACAAUUUAAUAACUUUGGAUUUAUUCCGAAUUUAAAUGGUACACCAACUAUAAAUGAAUUCUUAAUUCAACACCAAUUUUUAGGUUUAUCAAAUGAAAAUCGACAAUUUGUUAUGACUUUCACAAGUUAUGGCUUCUCGAUGGAGCAAUGUUUACAUGCACUUUAUAAUAGUAAUAAUGAUAGAAAUAUUGCUUCAAAAUGGUUAAUAGAAUUAAAAUCAUUUCUUAUUAAUUGGCAAUCACUCUCAAAUAAUAAUAACAAUAAUAAUAACAAUAAUAAUAACAAUAUGAAUAUGAACAUGAACAUGGGUUUACCACAGCAAUCUUUACAAAAUAAUAAUACUAUCAACAAUAACAACAAUAUCCCAAAUGCUUUCUUUGAUUUCCAUAAUAACAAUAAUAAUAAUAAUAACAAUAACAACAUUACAAGUAAUACUUUUAACAAUAACAAUAAUAGUAAUAAUAACAAUAAUAAUAAUAAUGGAUCACCAUCAAAUCAAGACUUUUUUAAUCUUACAACUAGUAAUAGUGGAAAAUCUAUUUCAAAUUCUUCAUCACCAACAUCAUCUUCAACACCCCAACAUCCAUUUAGUACUGGAGUAAGAAAUUCAAUCUCUUCAAAUAAUCAAAAACAAACAAAAGAAUCAAUGUCCUCAACCUCAUCAAACUCAUCGGCAUCUAGUAUUGAUAAAAAACUAUUAUCACCAUUACAAAAAACUCAAAAAUUAAUGAAUAUCGAUCAACAGCAACAAUCAUCACCACCAUCCCUACAAGCAACACAAACAACACAACCAACAAAAGAUUUAGAUGAGGCUAAUAGAUAUUAUGAACUUGGUGUUUACUAUCUAAAACAACAUGAUUAUGAAAAAGCAUUAACUCAUUUCGACAAAUCCUAUGAAAUUAAUCCAACUAGUCAAGCUAUGAAUAAAAUAUUUGAAUUAACAAAUAAAAUGUUUAAAAGUAAAAAUAAUAGCAACAAUAACAAUAGUAAUAAUAACAACAAUAAUACUAGUAGUAGUAGUACUAAUAAUAGUAAUAGUACUGAAAAUCAAAAUACCACAAGUUCUAAUAACUCAAAACCUGAUCCAUUACCAAAAACUGAUAAAAAAUCAGGGGACUCAAAUUUAUUAAAACAACAACAACAACAACAACAACAACAACAACAACAACAACAAUUCACAUGGGCGGAUAAGUCAGAAUCGAAAAAACCUGAACCAGGAAGUAAGGAACUAUUGGCAAAUCAAGCUACUGAUAAUUGGAAUAAGAAACAACAACAACAAUCAAAACUAUCAAAUGGUACAAAUGUUUGGGGUAUUGCAACAAAAACAACAACAACAACUUCAACAACAACAAUUUCUGAUAAUACCACAACUUCAAAUAAACCAGCACUAUCAAUUUCAAUACCAUCAAAUGACACUAAUGAACCAUUAGAAUCAAAGAAGGAUACAAAGUUACAAACUAAAAAUAAAGUCGCAACAGCAACAGCAACAAAUACUACACCAGCAUCAACAAUAACAGAGUCUAAAAAAGAUGGUAAUGAAUCAUCACCAGAAGUUGAUAAAGUAAAUGAUUCAACUCAAAGUAGUAAUGGUGGUGAUGAAACCGAUUCAACAAUAACACCAUCGUCAUCAUCAUCAUUAUCAUCUAAACAAGCAAGAAAGAAAACAAAACAACAACAAAAAGAAGAGAAAAGAAAAGAAAAAGAAGAAAAAGAACAACGUGAACGUGAAGAGAAAAAACAAAGAGAUGAACAAUUGGAAUUGGAAAGAUUGGAAAAGUUAAAGAAAGAAAAAGAAGAUGCUGAACAACGUGAACGUGAAGAAAAAGAAAAACAAAAACAAAUGGAAAUCGAUCGUAUCGAAAGACAAUUAAAAGAUGAGAAGGAGAGAAAAGAACAAGAACAUGAAAAGAAACAACAAUUAGAAUUGGAAAGACACCAGAAAGAAGAGAAAGAAAGAAAAGAUAAAGAAAAGAGAAGACAAGAAAGAGAAAGAAGAGAAGAGUCAUUACGUUAUCAAAUUGAAUUGGAAAGAAAAGAAAGAGAACAACGUGAAAAACAAUUGGAAAAAGAAUUAGAAAAAGAAAAAGAAAGAAAACUUCAAUUAAAACAAAAAAAAGUUAAAAAACAACAAACUAAUCAAAAUAUUAAUGAUGACCAUAAUAAUAUUGGUAAUAAUAAUAAUAAUAAUAAUAAUACUAAUAAUAAUGAUUCACUUGAUAAUAAUAAAAACCAACCAAAUGAAGAGUAUAUUAAAAAUCUUUCUAAAAUCUUAAGUGAAAAUGGUGUGGGUAAUAUAAAUCUUGAAGAUAUACCAGACUUAAUAAGUGAUGAUGAAAGUGAUAAUGAUCUUCCACAACAAACCAAUUCAAAUAAACAAAAAGACUCAUUAACUACCACAACCACUACAACUAUAAAACACGGUAAAAAUAAAAAUAAAAAUAAUAAUAAUAAUAAUAAUAAUAAUAAUAAUAAUAAUAAUAAUAAUAAUAAUAAUACAUCAACAAGUGCUAAAAAAGGGACAGUUAAUCGUAAAAAACCAAGAUUGAAUUCAGAUACAAAUGGAAAUACAUUUACUUCAAAUAUUACUACGCCCUCUUUCAAUAAUAAUAACAAUAAUAAUAGUAAUAGUAAUAAUAAUAGUAAUAAUAAUGGUAAUAAUAGUAAUAAUAAUGGUAAUAAUAAUAGUAAUAAUAAUAGUAAUAAUAAUAACAAUAAUAGUAAUAAUAGUAGUAGUAGUAAUAAUAGCAAUAAUAAUAAUAAUAAUAAUAAUAACAACAAUAAUAGUAAUAAUAAUAUAAAUGGUAAUAAUAGUAAUAGUACUAAUUCAUCAACAGAUUCAUUCCCUUCUAAUUUAAUGGGUAACCAAGAUCAAACAAACUUUAGUAUUCAACCAAGAAAAGCUUUACUCACAAGACAUCCAGUUGGCAGUAAAAAUCGUAAAACCAAUGCAAUUUUAUUAUUUAUUUGGUGGAUUAUUAAAAUGUUUACAUUACCAUUACUAUCAAUACUGGUAAAAAUAUUUUUUGGUUUAUCCUAUAAAUAUUGUAAAGCAUGUGAUUCCUUUCACGAUAUGACACCAGUUUCAGGUUUUGUUUGGGCUGAAGGUAAUAGAAUUUUCUUUUUAGGUCAUGAUCUUCAAAAGGAAGAUGUAACAGAUUAUGUAGAUUUAAAGCAACUAAUUGAUUUUGACUUACAUCACAAUAAAAGUGGUAAAUCAAAGAAAAAGAAAAAUAAUAAUAAUAGUAAUAAUAAUAGUAAUAAUAGUAAUAAUAAUAAUCAACAAUAA